AUGCCGAUGAAAGCGCGUGCUGUGGGAAGGGACAUUCCUGGCAUUGCUGAGCUCCUCGUGCAACGCGUUUUCUCCAAAAUCUUCAGCCACGAGGCGCUGGAGAGUUACCUCCCCAAGAUCCAGCUGGUGAUCAAGGACACCCUCCGUGCCUGGAGCAGCAACCCCGAGCCCAUCAACGUGUACCACGAGGCGCAGAAGCUGACGUUCCGCAUGGCCAUCCGCGUCCUGCUGGGCUUCCGCAUCCCCGACGAGGAGCUCGGCCGCCUCUUCGAGGUCUACCAGCAGUUUGUGGAGAACGUCUUCUCCCUGCCCGUGGACCUGCCCUUCAGCGGCUACAGGAGGGGAAUCCGGGCACGGGAGACGCUGCAGAAGGGGCUGGAAAAAGCCAUCCAGGAGAAACUGCAGAACACGCAGGGCAAGGACUACGCCGAUGCCUUGGACAUCCUGAUAGAGAGCGGGAAAGAACACGGGAAGGAGUUGACCAUGCAGGAGCUGAAGCUCUACGAUCGAUUGUACGAAAACAAAGUGCCUUUAUCUUGUCCUUCUGCUCCCUCUCUGCCGACGGUAGAGUUUGACCCACUCUGCUUUUCCCUCCCCCCCUUUCCCGCCUCUCCACAGGGUUUCCAGAUCCCCAAAGGCUGGAGUGUGAUGUACAGCAUCCGGGACACCCACGACACCGCCCCGGUCUUCAAGGACGUGGACGUGUUCGACCCCGAGCGCUUCGAGCAGGGCCGGAGCGAAGACAAGGACGGCAGGUUCCACUACCUCCCCUUCGGAGGAGGAGUACGGACCUGUCUGGGGAAGCACCUGGCCAAGCUUUUCCUCAAGGCCCUGGCCAUCGAGCUGGCCAGCACCAGCCGCUUCGAGCUCGCCACCAGGACUUUCCCCAAAAUCACCCUGGUGCCCGUGGUCCACCCGGUUGACGGACUCAAGGUCAAGUUCUUCGGACUGGAUUCCAACCAGAACGAGAUCCUGUGUUAA